CUCCAAAACAUGAGUGAUUUUCACCUGGACCUUGGUCCCCUCAAAGAACCUCUAGGUUUCAUCAAGCUUCUUGAGUGGCUCUUUGCGGUGCUUGCGUUUGCUUCUUGUGGCGGCUACAGAGGCGUCACUACACUUCUGGUCUCCUGUCACGGGGCGGUGAAUAAAACAGUAGCAGCCUCUUUCAGUUAUCCUUUCAGGUUGAACACCGCUGUGUUUACUUCGCCAGAUCCCACCCGAUGCAACGGCACCUGGACGGAUUUCUACCUGGUGGGAAAUUUCUCCUCUUCGGCCCAGUUCUUUGUCACCUUUGGAGUCCUGAUCUUCUUCUAUUGCAUGACAGCCCUGGUGUUUUACCUGGGCUAUAUGCACGCCUACCGGAAUGGUAGCAAUUUCCCAAUGAUCGAUUACGUUUUCACUCUCAUUGCGGUCUUCCUGUGGCUAGUCAGCACCGCUGCCUGGGCCAAGGCCCUGGUUGAUAUCAAAGUAUCAACCGGUCCCCGCGUUGUGGACGUAAUACCGGCAUGCAAAAUUCUUGGAUCGUCCUGUGUCUUUGCUUCUGUAACCAGCAUGGGAAGUCUGAAUGUGUCUGUGGUUUUUGGCUUGGUAAAUAUGAUUCUGUGGGGCGGAAAUGCUUGGUUUGUAUACAAGGAGACGAGCCUGCACAAACCUAACAGUAAUUCUCCAAAAUCAGGGUUCUAUCCACCAACAUCAGGAAUCUGA